AGAAAAGGCAGAGAAAAAGCAAAGAAACGCAGCCUGAAAAAUAUGCAGUGAGAGGGGCAGUUCUCUAUUCUCUAAUAGAUAAAGUUACAGAGACUGACGGGGAGAGAAGGGGAGAUCUGAGUUCCGGAGUGAAUUGGAGGCUGAAUCGACUCUGACAGUGACCGUUUCAGCGUUAAGAUCCCGACGGCGGGAUCUUGAUUCUGAAAAUCGAGAUUCUCUGUCCAAUUUUUCGCUCUCUCUUUCUCUCUCCGGUGAAAUUUUGAAAGCGAAUUUUGAGGACGGAACGGAAAGGUAUAGGUGAAGAAUUGAUCGAUCGGGUCGGGUUUUAGAUAUUUGUUCGAUGCUGCUUCCACAGAUUUAACUCUGUGGGAGCGUAACUGGUUACUGCAUUCGAAUUGAGCUCAAGAUCAAGUGGUGGGAGUGUGAUUUAGAGAAAAUGAAGUGGAUUUGGGCAAUGAUGAAGAAGAUAUAGCAUAUCUGACAAUUUGAGUUGUUUCAGUUGGGGUUUGUGUUUCAUUUUCUAAAAUUAGUUAAGAUAUUGAGGUUAGAUGGUAAAAACUGGAAACCCUAAUUUGGUUGUUAUAGAACCCUAGAAACUUUCAUUUUUAAGUUCUUGAUUUGUGUAAGUGGAGAUAAUGGUAUUAUGGUAUGAGUAGAUUUUGCUAGCGUUAGACUUUUAGUGUCAGUUGUUCUGGAAAUGGGGGAAAUCAUUGCUUAGAAACAGAAACAGAACUAUAGAAUUAAAUCAAUGGAAGAUUUUUCUAAAUACACGCAUAGUCCUGCUCAUUUGGCUGUUGCUCGUCGUGACCAUGCUGGUCUUAGGCGCAUUAUCUCAACCAUACCACAGCUUGCCAAGGCUGGUGAGGUUAAUACUGAAGCAGAGUCUCUUGAGGCUGAGCUCCGGGCUGAUGCUGUCUCAGCUGUUAUUGAUCGUCGAGAUGUACCUGGCCGUGAGACCCCAUUACAUCUGGCAGUCCGGUUGAGGGAUCCAACCUCAGCUGAGAUUUUGAUGACAGCAGGGGCAGAUUGGAGUCUUCAGAAUGAAAAUGGGUGGAGUGCCUUACAAGAGGCAGUUUGCACAAGGGAAGAGUCAAUUGCUCUGAUCAUUGCCAGGCACUACCAGCCACUUGCUUGGGCAAAAUGGUGCCGCAGACUUCCCCGAAUUGUUGCAUCAGCAUCUCGUAUCCGUGAUUUUUAUAUGGAGAUAACUUUUCAUUUUGAAAGUUCUGUCAUUCCCUUUAUUGGCCGUAUUGCCCCAUCAGAUACUUACCGCAUUUGGAAGCGAGGUUCCAAUCUCCGAGCUGACAUGACACUUGCUGGGUUUGAUGGAUUCCGCAUUCAAAGAUCAGAUCAAACUUUCCUCUUUCUUGGAGAGGGCUACAAUUCAGAAGAUGGUAAUAUGUCUCUCCUACCUGGCUCUUUGAUUGUUCUUGCACACAAGGAGAAAGAAGUAACGAAUGCUUUAGAGGGAGCUGGUGCUGUACCAACAGAUGCAGAAGUUGCCCAUGAAGUAGCAUUGAUGUCUCAAACUAAUAUGUAUAGGCCUGGCAUAGACGUCACUCAGGCUGAGCUAGUUCCCCAUUUGAAUUGGAGGCGUCAAGAGAGAACUGAAAUGGUUGGAAAUUGGAAGGCAAAAGUUUAUGAUAUGCUUCAUGUGACGGUUAGUGUGAAAUCAAGGAGGGUUCCUGGUGCAAUGACUGAUGAGGAGCUCUUUUCUGUGGAUGAUGAAAGAUUGGCAAACAAUGGUGAAAAUGAUGAUUAUGAUGACGUAUUGACAGCUGAGGAAAGGAUGCAACUGGAUUCAGCACUUCGUAUGGCAAAUUCAGAUGGCCUCUGUGAUGAGGAGGAGAAUGGUGUCCAUGACUGCCAAGAAAAUGGUUCAGGAGGUUCUUGUGAUAAUUGUGAAUCAAAUGGUGCUGCUAAGGAGAAGAAAAGUUGGUUUGGCUGGAACAAGAAAGUUGCCAAGAAUAAUAGUGAUGAUCCAGAAGAUUCAAAGAUUUUGAAGAAGUUCUCGAAGUUGGCCCCUGAAGGUGGCAACCAGAGACAAACUGAUAAUCAAAAAUCAUCAUCUGAGUUACCGAAGGAAGAUACAGGAGAUGCCAAGAAGGGAAAGGAUAAAAGCAACAAGAAGAAAAAGAAGAAAGGAGCAAUUACGGAUACUAAACAUGAGAGUGAAUACAAGAAAGGUUUGAGACCUGUCUUGUGGUUAACACCAGAUUUCCCCUUGAAGACAGAGGAGGUUCUACCUUUACUUGACAUAUUAGCCAACAAGGUCAAGGCUAUAAGGAGACUAAGAGAGCUGUUGACAACAAAACUACCUGCUGGCACAUUUCCUGUCAAGGUUGCCAUUCCUAUUGUCCCAACCAUUCGAGUACUUGUCACUUUUACAAAAUUUGAGGAGCUUCAGCCAAUGGAGGAGUUCUCAACCCCUCUCUCCAGUCCAGCUCAUUUCCAGGAUGCCAGAUCCAAGGAACCAGAGGCUUCAACAUCAUGGAUUUCAUGGAUGAGAGGGAGUCGUGGUGGCCAAUCAAGUGAUAGUGAUAGCCACCGAUUUAAGGAUGAGGCUGACCCUUUCCAAAUACCAUCUGACUAUACCUGGAUUGAUGCUAAUGAGAAGAAACGCCGCAUGAAAGCCAAGAAAGCAAGGAACAAGAAGCAUAGAAAGCAGGCAGGAGCCAAAGGUGUGGAUGGAGGACAGCAGUUGAAUGAGGAGGUGGGAGAUUAAGUUUGUCUUCACUAAGUUAUUUUGCCACUCUUGUGGCAUCUGCAAGAGAGAGGAGGUAAGGCUCCUUCCUGCACCCAUCUGACCCUUUUAUUCUUUCAACUUUGAGUCACUUGGGCAGAGGAUUUACAGAAUGAUUGUUAGGAAAUCACUUGUUUAUCAUGAAGAGCGUUAUCUUCAUCUGUUGUAUUUGUUAUGUGAUGUGAAAUUUGGGGGACAAUAUUUCCUCGUUUCUUUGGUAUCUCGUCAAAAAUCUAAUUUUUCUUGGACGUCAAUCUUUGUAUCUAAGUUGAUAAUCAUCAAUUUUCAUUUUUGUGAUUGGAAUUCUUUUUCUUAAAUUGUUGAGUGGUGGUGAAUUGUUUUCUGCUUCCUGCCUUCUUUGACCUAAACUGUCUUUUAAAAUAACAAUUGUGGAUUUUU